AUGAUCAACAAGUAUGAGUUUCCUGCACAGCGACUCUACAACUCUAUUUCUGAGCUCAACAAGCAUCUUCGACGGGUCAAUCAAUUGGAGUCGAAGGAGCAAUUAGAAAAGAAGCGCAUCGAGACUUUCGAGCAGAUAGAGUCGACCAAAGAUCGAAAGCAAAAGGCCCGAUUGGACCUAAAGGUAGUCGAGCUUGAAGAGGAUAUGGAAUCAAACGAGCGCCAGAUUGAAGACUUCCUUCGUGGGGCUUUGAUCUUCAUGGAGGAGACGUCGAACGGCAUGGGCAUCAAUUCAGUUGAUAUCAUGUCUACUGAAGCACGUGAGAGGUUCGAGAGCUUUAUCAAAACCUCAGAUCAGCACGAAGAGCUUUAUAAGAAGCUAAGUGCCCAGAUCGAGCGACCAACAUUGGAACAAAAUGUCGCAUGGGAACUAGCAUCCCGCCCCGUAUACGAUCUUGUUACUAUCGUGCGCGAUGAUUCCGUCCAAUCGGACGACCACCUAAAAGCUGUGAACAAGCACCUGACCACGAUCAAGAGACACAACAAAAGUUUGCAGGACUCUAAUAAAGCGAAUGGCAUCGGUAUAGACGUAAACUGUAUGCCCAUGGCAAUCUUAGAGGAGAUGGUGGACCAAUGGAAGAAAGAAGAUCGGGACCAGGUGCUAGCAGAGAUCGAGAACUUGCUGAAGCAACUUGCAAGUGAAGAGCCAGCAAAAGACACUUUGAUAGCACUCGAGACGAACGAAGCACCUGACAAUGUGCCUGAUCCUGUUCUCGAGACAGAUGAAGCACCUGGUGAUACUCCUGCUCCUGAAUCUACCUCAAGGACCCGGACUCAGUCUCCUAUACAGAAAUUUUCUCUUGGCCAGUUGACAGACGAGAAUCUGCUCGAUCUGGACAUAGAUUCGAUGUCACUAGAUAACGACCGCGUUGAGCCUUUCGCAUACGGGAAUGGUGAAACGGAAUACGGACCGUUGGUAGCAACUCGCGCUUCAAUUUCCGAUAACCCCAGAUUCCAUCGCUUUAUCAUCAACGCUGGUAUAGGAGAAGAGAAAUGGGAGUACUUCAGGGUAAUCAAGGGAAGUGACCUAGGUCCAGGAGGUGCUGAGAGUAUGCCGCAAGACAAAGUGACCAAUUUCAAUAUAAAGGAAAGGAAGAAAGGCCUUAAGAAUAACCCAUUGAUAGGGAUCGGUCCCUGUGUCGUCAUGCCACGCGCAGAAGGCUAUGUUAGUCGCGCCGGCGCAAAGCAGCGUCAGCCUGAUACUUACGUCCGCGUUGCGUAUAAGGGGAUUACACAGGCUGAUUGGCUAAGCAAAACCGAGUUCAUCCAACUUGCUGGGAAAAAGUAUGCAGAAAAGCACUUAGCGAUCAUGAUCCCAGCCUACCACAAACGACAGCAGUACUUCGAGGCGUGCAAGGCACAAAGAAGGCAUCCUAAGACGAAGCUCCCUUUGACUUCGGAGGACUUUGAAAGCCACCCAUGGCUGUUUCCAGAUGAUGAGAGGAUGAUCAAGCGGCCCGAAGAGAAUGAUCCUAUGGAGGUUGACGACGACGACGAAUCUGUGAUUGAAAAUGUCAAGGUCAACGUAGGAGAUAUGCCAGAUGUAGAGUCGCGUGAUCCAUUUAAGAAGAAGAGAGCUGUUCUUCCACUGAGCGGCUCAGCAGGUUCAGAAUACUAG